AUGGACCCCAACACCCCCUCCAACAACGCAAGCGCACCCAUCCCCACCCACAUCGGGGACGACACGGACGACAUGCUCCACCUAUACAUCCGCGCCCAGCACGACUUAUACCUCGCCCUCAGACGCCUCCCCGUCCUCUCCGAAGCAUUGCACGAGCGCCUCGUCGAGCAACAAGGGCGUCUUCGCCACUGGGCUAGGCAAACCCUGGUCUCGCGACACUGCCCAAAUGGAAUCGGUCUUGCCGACCGGCUGCUGCGCGUCGGCGUUACGGAGGAUAAUGUGUGCGCUAUCCUGCUGCGGCUUCUCGAGUUGAUCGAAGACAACUUCACUCCACGGCGGUUUUCUACGCCGGUGACUACGGUUGAAGUUGAGGCGGAGGAAUUGGAGCGUUUGAGCUUGAACGGGGAGGGGGGUUUGACGAAUGGUGCAAGCGGAGAUGGGCACGAAGACCGCCACGAUCAGGACGUCGUGGAUGAUCAAGAUGUCGAAGAGGGAGAGAUUGUCCUCGACAUCCCAGCGCGAUCGGAUUCGCCAACUCCGGCUUUCCCUGCGCCUGUCCCUGUUCCGCCGAUUCCGCCUAGAGCGCCGGAGAGAGAGUUCGUGGUGAGGCAUUGGUCGAGCCAACACGCAGAGCAGGGCGGCAGUGGAGCGUCGGGUGUGCAUGGUGGGCACGGACAUGGUCAGGAUGGAGGACCAGCGGAGAGUGAGGCUCAAGCUGGAGGUCUACCGCAUCCUUCCCUUCCACCUCCGCCAAUUCCCCCGAGGGCGCCGGGGCGAUGGGUUGUACCCAGGCGCGUGCAUUGGCAGGACCAGGGGAAUGGAGAGCAGGUGGCGAAUGGAGUGUCUGUGAAUGGUGGACACGGCGUGAAUGGUGGACAUGGCGAGGACGGACCUCACAGUUCAGAUAGUUCGGACGAUGGGCCAGGUCCAAAUGAAGGAUCAGCUCUCAACGGUACCCUCAACACGGACGGAGUCCUGGGCCAAAAUGGGAUAUCGACUCUGAAUGGUGCAGAUGAUGAUGACGGAGCCCAGGGUCCAACUUCGAAUGGCGAUCAAGCGCCGGUUCCAGACGAGACAGACGGAGAGACCGCAUCUUUAGACCCUUCUUUAGACUCGUGGUUGAGUGUGAUCGAGGAGAUGUCAGAGAGAUCGUCUGUCGACAAUGUCCGCGCCAUGGACGACGCUGCCUGCGACAAGAUCGACGAGGCCAUUGAUCUGCUCUACACGCUUUGUCGGGUUUCGGGGGGGCCGGUCAAUGGCGUGGGCAGCGCUAUUGGAUCUGAUACGGCUUGA